AUGGUGUCCCCAGCAGGGCCGGCCCCCGGGGAGGAGCUGCGGCUGACCUUCCCGGUGCGGGACGGCGUGGUGCUGGAGCCCUUCCGCCUGCAGCACAACCUGGCCGUCAGCAACCACGUCUUCCAGCUGCGUGACUCCGUCUACAAGACCCUUAUGAUGAGGCCUGACCUGGAGCUGCAGUUUAAGUGCUACCACCACGAGGACCGGCAGAUGAACACCAACUGGCCGGCCUCCGUGCAGGUGAGCGUCAACGCCACGCCGCUCACCAUUGAGCGUGGAAACAACAAGACCUCCCACAAGCCGCUCUACCUGAAGCACGUCUGCCAACCCGGCAGGAACACCAUCCAGAUCACAUGCAGCGGGACCAUCCCGGAGACCCCGGGGCCCAACGGUGAGGACGGCGUGGAGCAGACGGCCAUCAAGGUGUCCCUCAAGUGCCCCAUCACCUUCCGGAGGAUUCAGCUCCCAGCCAGGGGCCAUGACUGCCGGCACAUACAGUGGGGGCCCAGUGGGGCCGUGCCCCGGUUUCCCUGCCUGCGAGGGGGUGGUUUCCCUGCCCUCACCCUGCUUCUUCCUACCUGCAGUAAGACGGCCCUGCUGGAGGGGCUGGAGGUGGACCAGUACAUGCUGGGCAUCCUGAUCUACAUCCAGAACUCGGAGCAUGAGGAGAUCACCAUCGACCCGACCUGCAGCUGGAAACCCGUCCCGAUCAAACCCGAUGUCCACGUCAAGGAGGAGCCGGAGGGGCCGGCGCUGAAGCGGUGCCGGACCCUCAGCCCCACGCACAUGGUGCUGCCCAACAUCAUGGAGAUGAUUGCGGCCCUGGGGCCCAGCUCCACACCCUUCCCAGCACUGCCGCCACCACCAGCAGGUGCUGCUGCCGACUACGGCGCCCCAGGUUCCAGCUUUCCGGGACCUGGGGGCUUCCCAGAGCCGUUCCCUCCCCCCGGUGCCCCCGGCACGCCAACGCUGAGCGACUUCGCGCCAGGACCCCCCCCCAUCUCCUACCAGUCCGACAUCCCUGGUGGCCUCCUGGCCCCCGAGAAGCCCCCCGCACCCCCU